AUGACACAAGAACCUAUAUUUGCACUCAUCACCGGCUGUAGCAGCGGGAUCGGAAGAGAGCUCGCAAUAGCCUUUGCGGCCAAAGGAGUGAAAGUGCUUGCUACGGCACGACUUACCGAAUCUCUGAGCGAUUUAACGAACCGCUACAAUAAUAUUGAAAGCUUUCCCCUCAACCUCGAUAAUCCAGACAGCAUUGACAAGUUAAGAGAUGCCGUACUGAAGCGCACAGGCGGCCGUCUUACUUUCUUGGUUAAUAAUGCCGGGACGCACUACGCAUCAACCGCAAUGGACCUGGAUAUCGAUGAGGUCGUGAAACUAUUCCAAGUCAACGUCUUUGCCGUCAUGCGUCUGUGUCAGAUCUUCACGCCACUCCUCUGUCAGGCAUCUCGUGCGCGAAUCGUGCAGAUUGGCAGUGUGACACGGAGUAUACCGGUUGUAUGGCAAGGGCCGUACAAUGCUUCCAAGGCAGCUCUUAGCCAAUAUUCUAAGACUCUUCGAUUAGAGCUGAUGCCACUAGGAAUUGAAGUGGUUGAGAUUGUGACUGGGUUCGUGCAAAGCAACAUCCUACAUCAUGGAUUACACGCUCCAGAGCAGUCAGUCUACCUCCCAAUCAAAACAACGGUUGAAAAUAUCAAGUAUCAAGGGAAUAAGAAUGGCAUGUUGCCACAAGCAUAUGCUACGUCUGUGGUCGCGAAGCUCAUGCAAUCACGAGUCAGCCCCGAGAUUUGGGAAGGAGCUUUGGCGAGAACUCUACGACUGAUUUCUACGCUCCUUCCAUUGCGGAUAUUG